CGACCGCGUCCGAGCGCGCCACGUGUGCGUGGGAGCGCACCGGAAGCGUCCGGCUGGAGGCGCGGCGGCCGGCCUGGGCUGCGGUGGCAGUCAUGGAGCGGCAAGAGGAUUCCCUGUCCGCGCGGCCGGCCCUGGAGACCGAGGGACUGCGCUUCCUGCACGUCACGGUGGGCUCUUUGCUGGCCAGCUAUGGCUGGUACAUCGUCUUCAGCUGCAUCCUUCUCUACGUGGUCUUUCAGAAGCUUUCCGCACGGCUGAGAGCCUUGAGGCAAAGGCAGCUGGACCGAGCUGCGGCUUCUGUGGAACCUGAUGUUGUUGUUAAACGACAAGAAGCUUUAGCAGCUGCUCGAUUGAAAAUGCAAGAAGAAUUAAAUGCGCAAGUUGAAAAGCAUAAGGAAAAACUGAAACAGCUUGAAGAAGAAAAAAGGAGACAGAAGAUUGAAAUGUGGGACAGCAUGCAAGAAGGAAAAAGUUACAAAGGAAACGCAAAGAAGCCUCAGGAGGAAGACAGUCCUGGGCCUUCCACUUCAUCUGUCGUCGUGAAACGGAAAUCGGACAGAAAACCAUUGCGGGGAGGUGGUUAUAACCCUUUGUCUGGUGAAGGAGGUGGAACCUGCUCCUGGAGACCUGGACGCAGAGGCCCAUCAUCUGGCGGAUGAGGCUAAAAAUCUUGUUAGUGUCGCUUUUGACAUUAGCAAGAUGAAUCCUUAACCCUUGAUUCAAUUGCCUUACGCACGCUUUUCACAGUGACUAGCCAAGGGGAGGUGGGGUUGAUUUCUGUUCCUAACUACACCUGCAUAUGUCAGGGCUCCAGUCAGCAAAAGGUAUAGAUGUUGCCUCUAGGCAUUAGGUCAUUAGUCACAUUCCACUUGGAGACAGUGAUUGCAUUCAUUGAGUUCAUGGUUAAUUGCUAGUUGGUAGGUAAAGGCCUCUAGAUGAUGAGCAGUCUUGAUAAAAGAGGCCUAGUAAUGUUCUUUUGAAAUUAGAAAUCCUUGCUGCUAGGACAGUCUCUGUGACAGGUUGCGUUGAAUGAUGUCUUCCUUAUCAAUGGUGAGCCCACCAGUGAGGAUUACUGAUGUGGACAGUUGAUGGGGUUUGUUUCUGUAUAUUUAUUUUUAUGUACGGAACUUUGUAAAAACAAAACUAUUUAAAAAACGAGAAUAACAUUUUUAGCAUCUUUAUUCAAGGAGAUUUAUGGACUUGAAUUUGUCUAUCAAACAUUAAAUAGCUUUUUAUUACUCACAACUUCCAACUA